UCGCCAAUCCCGGAAUAGUUUCUGCAGUUGCUCCAACCUGAGUUUUUCGCGAGGCCGCUGCAGGGGCCAAUUUUCAUCCGUUUCUUGCCAAAGGGGGCCUUACUCGCCCCGCGAAUCCACGCACUUCGUGUCGGUCCCAAGCCAGCGCCUCGUGACUCGUGAAUCCACCGUUUCGAGAUACGAUUAGGUACCGUCGAGACCAAUCGCUGUGAUUACUCGAACGUUUCCUUGGGUGUUCGUUCGUUCACGCUGGAAGCUGACACGGAGAACUCGAGGAUGGAUGCCGCGGACGUCCUCGGCGACGCCACUUCGGCCAGCGAAGGGAUUGUAAACAACAACAACGAGGACGAUGAGGCGCCCACCGUCGAGGAGACCUACGAGGUUACCACCACCAAACGCAAGACCAUUAGGACCAGCUAUAAGAUCCAAGAAACUUCCGCAUCAACCAAAACAACCACUAUGACGACUGCAGCAAAGUUAUAUGGCAAAGACUUGAGUGAAUAUGACGACGUUGAUGUGGAUGAACUGUUGGCACAACUUACUCCCGAAGAAAUUAACAUGCUGGCCAAGGAAGUGGAUCCUGACGACAGCUUUAUGCCUCCCUCGGAACGUUGUAGCUAUGAAUGCGACAAGAGUCCGACAGGUCCCCUGAACCGCAAGAAACUCAUCGAACACAUCAACAAACAGGCUUUAGAAACACCAGACAUACCAGAGUUGAAACCUUUUGUACCUGGUGUUAUUAGAGGCAAAAAGUGGAUUCCACCUCCUCAAGAAUCGGUAAAGGAAAAGGAAGCGGAUGAACAGAUUGCUAUUGAUCUUGGAGAAGAAUAUGAACAAGCACUGUCCAAUGCUACCCAAGAAGAAAUUAUCGAUCUUGCCGCUAUUCUCGGAUUCCAUUCCAUGAUGAAUCAGGACCAGUAUCAUGCCUCUCUAUUAAAUUCUGGUCAGCCCAUUGGUAUGGGUUGGGAUGGAGUCACGAAAGCUAGUCAACCAAAACCUUACCCAAUGGAACCACCCAAUGAUACAGACAUCGACGCCACUAUCAAACAAGUUCGAGAAGACGAUGCUUCGUUAACCGAAUUAAAUUGGAACAAUAUUAAAAAUAUAUCCGACGAAAAGUUUAUUCUACUAUUCGAAGGAUUGGAGAUGAAUACGCAUCUCGAAUCUUUAAGUUUAACAAACGUGGGACUCACCGAUAAGACUGCGCAAAGGUUGGCGGAAGCCUUAGAGAAAAACUCUACGCUUAGAGUACUCAAUGUCGAAACAAACUUCAUAAGCCCAUCUGUGAUAGUGAGGCUCAUCAGGGCACUCCUCAAAACGAAGUCAAUAGAAGAGUUUCGAUGUUCCAAUCAGAGGUCACAAGUGCUGGGAAACAAAAUUGAAAUGGAGAUUACACAGUUGGUAGAACAAAAUCCAACGUUGCUUCGACUCGGUCUUCACUUGGAAUUCAAUGACGCUAGACAUCGUGUGGCUGCCCACUUGCAACGCAACAUUGAUAGGAUCUAUCGUCUGGAACGCGCUAAGGUAGAGAGCGGUGCAGUCUCAAAAAAUUACAUUAUCCCUAUAGGUGGCUUAAAGGACAGAACGUAGCGCUGAUUAGUGCAUACGGCAGUCCCGGCUCGGGGUGGCGACAUCUUAACGCGAAGUGGCGUUCGCCUAGGUAUUAUUUGUACAUAUAUUAUAUAUUUAUUUACCAUAUGUUAUAUACGUAUCUCUAUAUAUAAUAUUAUAUAUAAGAUAUAUCUUAAAGAAAAAAAAAACGAAAAAAAAAUAUCACCACUUAUUUUCAUGCAUCGCUCGCGGCGUUCUCGCUAAUGAUUUUACACGAGUAACUUAAUUCAGGAUCGACGAAAACGGACUUAUCGAGGAAGCUUUUUUUUUCAUUUUAUGUAUAAUUAUAUGCCUAUUGUCAAAUAUGUGUCAAAAUAAACAUUGUCGUUCUCCGGCGUUUUGUUUCAAUUCCAAAAAAAAAAAAAAAAAAAAACAAACAAA